AUGGCCUUCCCUUAUCUCUCUGGUCUUCCUUAUCUCUCUGGCCUUAACUUUCCCUUAUCUCUCUGGCCUUCACUUAUCUCUCUGGUCUUCCCUUAUCUCUCUGGCCUUCACUUAAAUCUCUUUUCAUUUAUAUCUCUCUUCCCUUAUCUCUCUGGUCUUCCCUUUCUCUCUGACCUUCCUUUCCCUUAUCCUCUCUGGCCUUCCCUUAUCUCUCUGUCUUCCCUUAUCUCUCUGGUCUUCCCUUACCUUUCUCUCUGGCCUUCCCUUGUCUCUCUGGCCUUCCCUUAUCUCUCUAGUCUUCCCCUCAUCUCUCUGGUCUUCCCUUUCCCUUAUCUCUCUGGCAUUCCCUUAUUUCUCUGGCCUUCCCUUAUCUCUCUGGCCUUCAUUAUCUCUCUGGUCUUCCCUUUCCCUUAUCUCUCUGGCCUUCCCUUAUCUCUCUGGCCUUCCCUUAUCUCUCUGGUCUUCCCUUUCCCUUAUCUCUCUGGUCUUCCCUUAUCUCUCUGGCCUUCCCUUAUCUCUCUGGUCUUCCCUUAUCUCUCUGGUCUUCCCUUUCCCUUAUCUCUCUGGCCUUCCCUUAUCUCUCUGGCCUUCCCUUAUCUCUCUGGCCUUCCAUUAUCUCUCUGGUCUUCCCUUUCCCUUAUCUCUCUGGCCUUCCCUUAUCUCUCUGGCCUUCCCUUAUCUCUCUGGUCUUCCCUUUCCCUUAUCUCUCUGGCCUUCCCUUAUCUCUCUGGCCUUCCCUUAUCUCUCUGGCCUUCCCUUAUCUCUCUGGCCUUCCCUUAUCUCUCUGGUCUUCCCUUUCCCUUAUCUCUCUGGCCUUCCUUAUUUCUCCUUCCCCCCUUAUCUCUCUGGCCUUCCCUUGUCUCUCUUCCCUUAUCUCUUUCCCUUAUCUCUCUGGCCCUUCCCUUUCCCUUAUCUCUCUGGCCUUCCCCUUAUCUCUCUGGCCUUCCCUUAUCUCUAUGGCCUUCCCUUAUCUCUCUGGUCUUCCUUUCUCUUUCUUCCCUUAUCUCUCUGGUUUCCCUUAUCUCUCUGGCCUUCCUUUAUCUCUCUGGCCUUCCCUUUCCCUUAUUUCUCUGGCCUUCCCUUAAAUCUCCUUCAUUUAUCUCUCUGGCCUUCCUUGUCUCACUGGCCUUCCCUUAUCUCUCUGGCCUUCCCUUUCCCUUAUCUCUGGCCUUCCCUUAUCUCUCUGGUUCUCUUAUCUCUCUGGCCUUCCCUUUCCCUUAUCUCUCUGGCCUUCUCUUAUCUCUUGGUUUUCCCUUAUCUCUCUGGCCUUUCCCUUAUCUCUCUGGCCUUCCCUUAUCUCUCUGGUCUUCCCUUUCUCUCUCUCUCUGGCCUUUCCCUUUUCCUCUGGCCUUCCCUUGUCUCUCUGGUCUUCCCUUAUCUCUCUGGCCUUCCCUUCCCUUAUCUCUGGUCUUCCCUUAUCUCUCUGGUCUUCCUUUCCUUAUCUCUCUGGCCUUCCCUUAUCUAUCUGGCCCUUAUCUCUCUCUUUCCUUUCCCUUAUCUCUCUGGCCUUCCCUUAUCUCUCUGGCCUUCCCCUUAUUCUCUCUGGCCUUCCCUUUCUCUCUGGCCUUCCCUUAUCUCUCUGGUCUUCCCUUAUCUCUCUGGCCUUCCCCUUCUCUCUGGCCUUCCUUAUCUCUCUGUUCUUCCCUUAUCUCUCUGGUUUCCCUUAUCUCUCUGGCCUUCCCUUAUCUCUCUGGCCUUCCCUUAUCUCUAUGGUAUCUCCUGGCCUUCCCUUAUCUCUCUGGCCUUCCCUUAUCUCUCUGGCCUUCCCUUGUCUCUCUGGCCUUCCUUUAUCUCUCUGGCCUUCCCUUAUCUCUCUGGCCUUCCCUUAUCUCUCUGGCCUUCCCUUAUUCCCCUUGUCUCUCUGGCCUUCCCUCUCUCUGGCCUUCCCUUAUCUCUCUAGUCUUCCCUUAUCUCUCUUGCCUUCUCCUUUCCCUUAUCUCUGGCCUUCCCUUAUCUCUCUGGCCUUCCUUAUCUCUUGUCUCUUCCCUUUCCCUUAUCUCUCUGGCCUUCCUUUUCCCUUAUCUCCCUGGCCUUCCCUUUUCUCUCUGGUCUUCCCUUAUCUCUCUGGUCUUCCCUUCCCUUAUUCUCUCUGGCCUUCCCUUUCUCUCUUAUCUCUCUGGCCUUCCUUUUAUCUCUGGUCUUCCUUUCCUUAUCUCUCUGGCCUUCCUUAUCUCUCUGGCCUUCCCUGGUCUUCCCUUAUCUCUCUGGCCUUCCCUUAUCUCUGGUUUUUGGCCUUCCCUUAUCUCUCUGGUCUUCCCUUUUCUCUCUGGCCUUCCCCUUUCCUUAUCUCUGGUCUUCCCUUAUCUCUCUGGUCUUCCCCUUUCCCUUAUCUCUCUGGCCUUCCCUUAUCUCUCUGGUCUUCCCUUAUCUCUCUGUCUUCCCUUUCCCUCUGGCCUUCCCUUAGGCUUUCUCUCUGGUCUGGCCUUCCUUAUCUCUGGUCUUCCUUUAUCUCUCUUCCCUUCCCUUGUCUCUCUGGUCUUCCCUUAUCUCUGGCCUUCCCUUAUCUCUGGUCUUCCUUUCCCUUAUCUCUCUGGCCUUCCUUUUCUCUCAGGCCUUCCCUUAUCUCUCUGGCCUUCCCUUAUCUCUCUGGCCUUCCUUAUCUCUCUGGUCUUCCCUUAUCUUUCCCUUAUCUCUCUGGUUUCCCUUGUCUCUCUGGCCUUCCCUUAUCUCUCUGGCCUUCCCUUUCCCUUAUCUCUCUGGCCUUCCCUUGUCUCUCCCUUCCCUUAUCUCUGGCCUUCCCUUAUCUCUCUGGCCUUCCUUUUAUAUCUCUGGCCUCUCCCUGGUCUUCCCUUUCCCUUAUCUCUCUGGCCUUCCCUUUCCCUUAUCUCUCUGGCCUUCCCUUAUCUCUCUGGCCUUCCCUUAUCUCUCUGGUCUUCCCUUUCCCUUAUCUCUCUGGCCUUCCCUUAUCUCUCUGGCCUUCCCUUUCCCUAUCUCUUUGGCUCUUCCCUUAUCUCUCUGGUCUUCCCUUUCCCUUAUCUCUGGCCUUCCCUCUCUGUCUUCCUUUCUCUCUGGCCUUCCCUUAUCUCUCCCUUGUCUCUCUGGUCUUCCUUCCCUUAUCUCUCUGGCCUUCCUUAUCUCUCUGGUCUUCCCUUUCCUUAUCUCUCUGGCAUUUCCCUUCCCUUAUCUCUCUUGCCUUCCCUUAUCUCUCUGGUCUUCCCUUAUCUCUCUGGCCUUCCCUUAUCUCUCUGGCCUUCCCUUAUCUCUCUGGUCUUCCCUUAUCUCUCUGGUCUUCCCUUUCCCUUAUCUCUCUGGUCUUCCCUUCUUUUUAUCUCUCUCUCUUCCUUUCCCUUAUCUUUCUGGCCUUCCCUUAUCUCUCUCCCCAGCCUUCCCUUUCUUCUCUAUGUUUUUUGGCCUUCCCUUAUCUCUCUGGCCUUCCUUAUCUCCUGGCCUUCCCUUAUCUCUCUGGCCUUCCCUUAUCUCUCUGGUCUUCCUUUCCCUUAUCUCUCUGCCCUUCCCUUAUCUCUCUGGUCUUCCCUUUCCCUUAUCACUCUGGCCUUACCUUAUCUCUCUGGCCUUCCCUUUCCCCGGUCUUCCCUUUCCCUUAUCUCUCUGGCGUUCCCUUAUCUCUCUGGUCUUCCCUUAUCUCUCUGGCCUUCCCUUAUCUCUCCCUUAUCUCUCUGGUCUUCCCUUUCCCUUAUCUCUCUGGCAUUCCCUUAUCUCUCUGGCCUUCCCUUAUCUCUCUGGCCUUCCCUUAUCUCUCUGGUCUUCCCUUCCCUUAUCUCUCUGGUCUUCCUUUCCCUAUCUCACUUUUCCCUUAUCUCUCUGGCCUUCCCUUAUCUCUCUGGCCUUCCCUUCCCUUUUCCUUACCUCUCUAGUCUUCCCUUUCCCUUCUCUCUCUGGCCUUCCCUUAUCUCUCUGGUCUUCCCUUAUCUCUCUCUUCCCAUUCCCUUAUCUCUCUGGCCUUCCUUUCUCUCUGGUCUUCCCUUUCCCUUAUCUCUCUGGCCUUCCCUUGUCUCUCUUCUCUUCCCCUUUCCCUUAUCUCUCUGGCCUUCCCUUAUCUCUCUGGCCUUCCCUUUUCCCUGGCAUUCCUUCUCUCUGGCCUUCCUUAUCUCUCUGGUCUUCCCUUGUCUCUUAUCUCUCUUCUUCCCUUAUCUCUCUGGCCUUCCCUUAUCUCUCUGGACUUCCCUUUCCCUUAUCUCUCUCUGGCCUUCCAUUAUCUCUCCCUUUCCCUUAUCUCUCUGGCCUUCCCUUAUCUCUCUGGUCUUCCCUUUCCCUUAUCUCUCUGGCCUUAUCUUUUUCCUUAUCUCUCUGGUCUUCCCUUUCUUCAUCUCCUUCCCUUAUCUCUCUGGUCUUGUUCCCUUAUCUCUCUGGUCUUCCCUUUAUCUCUCUGGCCUUCUUAUCUCUCUGGUCCUUAUCUCUCUGCAUUCUUUUUCCCUUAUCUCUCCCUUAUCUCUCUUAUCUUCUGGCCUGGUCUUUUCUCUGGUCUUCUCUGGCCUUCCCUUAUCUCUCUGGUCUUCCCUUUUUCUCUCUGGCAUUCCUUAUCUCUCUGUCUUCCCGUUAUCUCCUGGUCUUCCCUUAUCUCUCUCCCUUUCUUCCUUAUCUCUCUGGCCUUCCCUUUUCCCUCUCUCUCUUCCCCUUUUCCCUUGUCUCUCUGGCCUUCUUUUCCCUUAUCUCUCUGUCUUCCCUUAUCUCUCUGGCCUUCCCUUAUCUCUCUGGUCUUCCCUUUCCCUUAUCUCUCUGGCCUUCCUUUAUCUCUCUGGCCUUCCCUUUCCCUUAUCUCUCUGGCAUUCCCUUUUCUCUCUGGCCUUCCCUUAUCUCUCUGGUCUUCCCUUUCCCUUAUCUCUCUGGCAUUCCCUUAUCUCUCUGGCCUUCCCUUUCCCUUAUCUCUCCUUUUCCUUAUCUCUCUGGCCUUCUUCUCUCUUUCCCCUUAUCUCUCUGGCCUUCCCUUUCCCUUAUCUCUCUGGCCUUCCCUUAUCUCUCUGGCCUUCCCUUUCCCUUAUCUCUCUGGCCUUCCCUUAUCUCUCUGGUCUUCCCUUUCCCUUAUCUCUCUGGCCUUCCCUUAUCUCUUCCCUUAUCUCUCUGGUCUUCCUUCCCUUAUCUCUCUGGUCUUCCCUUUAUCUCUCUGGCUUAUCUUCCCUUCCCUUAUCUCUCUGGCCUUCCCUUAUCUCUCUGGUCUUCUUCUUCUCUCUGGUCUUCUUUUUUCCCUUAUCUCUCUGGCCUUCCCUUAUCUCUCUGGCCUUCCCUUAUCUCUCUGGUCUUCCCUUUCCCUUAUCUCUCUGGCCUUCCCUUAUCUCUCUGGCCUUCCCUUAUCUCUCUGGCCUUCCCUUAUCUCUCUGGUCUUCCCUUUCCCUUAUCUCUUUGGCCUUCCCUUAUCUCUCUGCCUUCCCUUAUCUCUGGUCUUCCUUUUCCCUUAUCUCUGGUCUUCCCCUUAUCUCUCUGGCCUUAUCUCUCUGGCCUUCCCCUUUCCCUUAUCUCUCCCCUUAUCUCUCUGGCCUUCCCUUAUCUCUCUGGCCUUCUUCCCUUAUCUCUCUGGUCUUCCCUUAUCUCUCUGGCCUUCCCUUUCCCUUAUCUCUCUGGCCUUCCCUUAUCUCUCUGGUCUUCCCUUUCCCUUAUCUCUCUGGCCUUCUUUUUCCCUUAUCUCUCUGGCCUUCCCUUAUCUCUCUGGUCUUCUCCUUUUCCCUUAUCUCUCUGGCCUUCCCCUUAUCUCUCUGGUCUUCCCUUUCCCUUAUCUCUCUGGCCUUCCCUUAUCUCUCUAUUCUUCCCUUCCCUUAUCUCUCUGGCCUUCCCUUCCCUUUCCCUUUCCCUUAUCUCUGGCCUUCCCUUAUCUCUCUGGUCUUCCCUUCCCUUAUCUCUCUGGCCUUCCCUUAUCUCUCUGGUCUUCCCUUUCCCUUAUCUCUCUGGCCUUCCCCCUUAUCUCUGCCUUCCCUUAUCUCUCCAGUUUCCCUUAUCUCUCUGGCCUUCCCUUAUCUCUCUCCCUUUCCCUUAUCUCUCUGGCCUUCCCCUUAUCUCUCUUCCCUCUCUCCCUUCCCUUAUCUCUCUGGUCUUCCCUUCCUUAUCUCUCUGGUCUUCCUUUCCCUUAUCUCUGGUCUUCCCUUUCUCCUUAUCUCUCUGGCCUUUCCUUAUCUCUCUGGCCUUCCCUUAUCUCUCUGGCCUUCCCUUUUAUCUCUGGUCUUCCCUUCCCUUGUCUCUCUGGCCUUCCCUUAUCUCUCUGGCCUCUCCCUUUCCCUUAUCUCUCUGGCCUUCCCUUAUCUCUCUGGCCUUCCCUUAUCUCUCCCUUCCCUUAUCUCUGGCCUUCCCUAUCUCUCUGGUCUUCCCUUCCCUUAUCUCUCUGGCCUUCCCUUAUCUCUCCUUCCUUCCUCUCUGGUCUUCCCUUAUCUCUCUGGCCUUCCCUUAUCUCUCUGGCCUUCCCGCUUAUCUCUCUGUCCUUCCCUUAUCUUUCUUCUUAUCUCUCUGGCCUUCCCUUAUCUCUCUGGUCUUCCCUUUCCCUUAUCUCUCUGGCCUUCCCUUAUCUCUCUGGUCUCUCUGGCCUUCCCUUUCCCUUAUCUCUCAUUUCUCUCUGGCCUUCCUUUCCCUUAUCUCUCUGGCCUUUCCCUUAUCUCUCUGGCCUUCCCUUAUCUCUCUGGCCUUCCCUUGUCUUCUGGUCUUCCUUAUCUCUCUGGCCUUUUUAUCUCUCUGGUCUUCCCUUUCCCUUAUCUCUCUGGCCUUCCCUUCUCUCUGGCCUUCCCUUUCCCUUAUCUCUCUGGCCUUCCCUUAUCUCUCUGGCCUUCCCUUAUCUCUCUGGUCUUCCCUUUCCCUUAUCUCUCUCUGGCCUUCCUUAUCUCUCUGGCCUUCCUUCCCUUAUCUCUGGCCUUAAACUUCUCUCUGGUCUUCCCUCUCUGGCCUCCCCUUUCCUUCUUAUCUCUCUGGCCCUUCCUUCCCUUAUCUCUCUUCCCUUUCCCUUAUCUCUCUGGCCUUCCCUUAUCUCUCUGCUCUUCCCUUAUCUCUCUGGUCUUCCCUUAUCUCUCUGGCCCCUUUCCCUUAUCUCUCUGGCCUUCCCUUAUCUCUGGCCUUCCCUUCCCUUUCCCUUAUCUCUCUGGUCUUCCCUUCUCUCUCUUUCCCUCCUUCCCUUAUCUCUCUGGUCUUAUCCCUUAUCUCUCUGGCCUUCCCCUUAUCUCUCUGGCCUUCCCUUUCCCUUAUCUCUGGCCUUCCCUUAUCUCUCUGGCCUUCCUUAUCUCUCUGGCCUUCCCUUCCCUCUGUCUCUGGCCUUCCUUAUCUCUCUGGCCUUCCCUUAUCUCUCUGGUCUUCCCUUUCCCUUAUCUCUCUGGUCUUCCCUUAUCUCUCUGGCCUUUCCCUUAUCUCUCUGGCCUUUAUCUCUCUGGCCUUCCCUUAUCUCUCUGGUCUUCCCUUCCCUUAUCUCUCUCCUCCCCUUAUCUCUCUGGCCUUCCCCUUAUCUCUCUGGCCUUCCCUUAUCUCUCUCCUUUCCCUCUCUCUUUUUCCUUUCUCUCUGGUCUUCCCUUAUCUCUCUGGUCUUCCCUUAUCUCUCUGGCCUUCCCUUAUCUCUGGUCUUCCCUCCCUAUCUCUCUGGCCUUCCCUUAUCUCUCUGGCCUUCCCUUCUCUCUCUGGUCUUCCCUUAUCUCUUUUCCCUUAUGUCUCUGGCCUUUCCUUAUCUCUCUGGCCUCCUUAUCUCUCUGGUCUUCCCUUUCCCUUAUCUCUCUGGCCUUCCCUUAUCUCUCUGGUCUUCCCUUUCUUUUAUCUCUCUGGCCUUCCCUUAUCUCUCUGGCCUUCCCUUAUCUCUCUGGUCAUUAUCUCUUUUGCCUUCCCUUAUCUCUCUAUCUCUCUGGCCUUCCCUUAUCUCUCUGGCCUUCCCUUUUCCCUUGGUCUCUCUCUGUCCUUAUCUCUCUCUCUGGCUUUUCCCUUAUCUCUCUGGCCUUCCCUUAUCUCUCUCCCUUCCCUUAUCUCUCUCUCUAUCUCUCUGGCCUUUCCUUUCUCUCUCUGGCCUUCCCUUAUCUCUCUGUCCUUCCCUUUCUCUUUAUCUCUCUGGCCUUCCCUUAUCUCUCUGGCCUUCCCUUAUCUCUCUGGUCUUCCCUUAUCUCUCUGGCCUUCCCUUUCUCUCUGGUCUUCCCUUAUCUCUCUGGUCUUCCCUUUAUCUCUCUGGCCUUCCCUUUCCUUAUCUCUCUGGUCUUCCCUUUCCUUAUCUCUCUCUCUCUCUCUGGCCCUUAUCUCUCUGGUCUUCCCUUAUCUCUCUCUUCCCUUCCCUUAUCUCUCUGGCAUUCCCUUAUCUCUCUGGCCUUCCCCCUUAUCUCUCUGGUCUUCCCUUAUCUCUCUGGCCUUCCCUUAUCUCUCUGGUCUUCCCUUUCCCUUAUCUCUCUGGCCUUCCCUUAUCUCUCUGGCCUUCCCUCUUCCCCUUAUCUCUCUGGCCUUCCCUUAUCUCUCUUCCCUGGUCUUCCCUUUCCCUUAUCUCUCUGGCCUUCCCUUAUCUCUCUGGCCUUCCCUUAUCUCUCUGGCCUUCCCUUAUCUCUCUGGUCUUCCUGGCCUUCCUUUCCUUCCCUUAUCUCUCUGGCCUUUCCCUUAUCUCUGGCCUGGCCUUCUCCUUUCCCUUUCUCUCUGGCCUUCUCUCUGGCCUUCCCUUAUCUCUCUGGUCUUCCCUUUCCCUUAUCUCUCUGGCCUUCCCUUAUCUCUCUGGCCUUCCCUUUCCCUUAUCUCUCUGGUCUUCCCUUAUCUCUCUGGUCUUCCCUUUCUUUCUCUGGCUUUCCCUUAUCUCUCUGGCCUUCCCUUUUUCCUUAUCUCUCUGGUCUUCCCUUAUCUCUCUCUGGCCUUCCCUUUCCCUUAUCUCUCUGGCCUUUCCUUAUCUCUCUGGUCUUCCUUUUUCCCUUAUCUCUCUGGCCUUCCCUUAUCUCUCUGGCCUUCCCUUCCCUUCCCUUAUCUCUCUGGCCUUCCCUUAUCUCUCCUUAUUCUCUCUCUCUCUCUUCCCUUCCCUUAUCUCUCUGGCCUUCCCUUCCCUUAUCUCUCUGGUCUUCCUUUAUCUCUCUGGUCUUCUCUCUUUCCCUUAUCUCUCUCUUCUUCCCUUUUCCCUUAUUAUCUCUCUGGCCUUCCCUUAUCUCUCUGGCCUUCCCUUUCCCUUAUCUCUCUGGCCUUCCCUUAUCUCUCUGGCCUUCCCUUAUCUCUCUGGUCUUCCCUUUCCCUUAUCUCUCUGGCCUUCCCUUAUCUCUCUGGCCUUCCCUUAUCUCUCUGGUCUUCCCUUUCCCUUAUCUCUCUGGCCUUCCCUUAUCUCUCUGGUCUUCCCUUUCCCUUAUCUCUCUGGCCUUCCCUUAUCUCUCUGGUCUUCCCUUUCCCUUAUCUCUCUGGUCUUCCCUUUCCCUUAUCUCUCUGGCCUUCCCUUAUCUCUCUGGCCUUCCCUUUCCUUAUCUCUCUGGCCUUCCCUUAUCUCUCUGGCCUUCCCUUUCCCUCUGUUCUUCGUUUCCCUUAUCUCUCUGCCCUUCCCUUUCCCUUAUCUCUCUGGCUCCCUUAUCUCUCUGGCCUUCCCUUAUCUCUCUCUUCCCUUUUCCCUUAUCUCUCUGGCCUUCCCUUAUCUCUCUCUGGUCUUCCCUUGUCUCUCUGGCCUUCCCUUUCUCUCUCUCUGGCCUUCCCUUAUCUCUCUUCUUCCCUUUCCCUUAUCUCUCUGGCCUUCCCUUAUCUCUCUGUCCCUUCCCUUUCCUUAUCUCUCUGGCCUUCCCUUAUCUCUCUGGCCUUCCCUUAUCUCUUGUCUUCCCUUUAUCUCUCUUCCCUUCCCUCUCUCUUGGCCUUCCUUAUCUCUCUGGCCUUCCCUUUCCUUAUCUCUCUGGCCUUCCCUUAUCUCUCUGGCCUUCCCUCCCCUUCUCUCUCUCUAUCUCCUUCCCCUUAUCUCUCUCUCCCUUGUCCUUCCCUUCCCUUAUCUCUCUGGUCUCUUCCUUCCCUUUAUCUCUCUGGCCUUCCUUUUCUCUCUUAUCUCUCUGUCCUUCCCUUUCUCUUAUCUCUCUGGCCUUCCCCUUAUCUCUCUGGUCUUCUAUCUCUCUCUUCCCUUUCUUCCCUUAUCUCUCCUUCCCCCUUUCCCUUAUCUCUCUGGCCUUCCCUUAUCUCUCUGGCCUUCCCUUAUCUCUCUGUCCUUCUCUCUCUGGCCUUCCUUUCUCUCUUCUUCUCUCUCUGGCCUUCUCCUUAUCUCUCUGGCCUUCCCUUAUCUCUCUGGUCUUCCCUUUCCCUUAUCUCUCUGGCCUUCCCUUAUCUCUCUCUUCCCUUCCCUUAUCUCUCUGGCCUUCCCUCUCUAGCCUUCCCUUUCUCUCUGGCCUUCCCUUAUCUCUCUGGUCUUCCUUCCCUUCUCUGGCCUUCCCUUAUCUCUCUGGCCUUCCCUUAUCUCUAUGGCCUUCCCUUAUCUCUCUGGCCUUCCCUUAUCUCUCUGGCCUUCCCUUAUCUCUCUGGCCUUCCCUUUCCCUGGCCUUCUUAUCUCUCUGGCCUUCCUUAUCUCUCUGGUCUUCCCUUUCCCUUUUCCCUUUUCCAUAUCUCUCUGGCCUUCCCUUAUCUCUCUCUGGCCUUCCCUUUCCCUUAUCUCUCUGGCCUUCCCUUAUCUCUCUGGUCUUCCCUUUCCCUUAUCUCUCUGGCCUUCCCUUUCCCUUAUCUCUCUGGCCUUCCCUUAUCUCUCUGGCCUUCCCUUAUCUUUCCUUUCCCUUAUCUCUCUGGCCUUCCCUUAUCUCUUUCUUCCUUAUCUCUGGCCUUCCUUAUCUCUCUGGCCUUCCCCUUAUCUCUCUGGCCUCUCUCUGGCCUUAUCUCUCUUGCCUUCCCUUAUCUCUUUGGCAUUCCCUUAUCUCUCUGCUCUUCCCUUAUCACUCUGGCCUUCCCUUAUCUCUCUGGCCUUCCCUUAUCUCUCUGGCCUUCCCUUAUCUCUCUGGCCUUCCCUUUCCCUUAUCUCUCUGGCCUUCCCUUAUCUCUCUUGCCUUCCCUUAUCUCUUUGGCAUUCCCUUAUCUCUCUGCUCUUCCCUUAUCUCUCUGCUCUUCCCUUAUCACUCUGACCUUCCCUUAUCUCUCUGGCCUUCCCUUAUCUCUCUGGUCUUCCCUUUCCCUUAUCUCUUUGGUCUUCCCUUAUCUCUUUGGCCUUCCCUUAUCUCUCUGGCCUUCCCUUAUCUCUCUGGCCUUCCCUUUCCCUUAUCUCUUUGGCUUUCCCUAAUCUUUUUGGCCUUCCCUUAUCUCUCUGGUCUUCCCUUAUCACUCUGGCCUUCCCUUAUCUCUCUGGUCUUCCCUUAUCUCUCUGGCCUUCCCUUAUCUCUCUGGCCUUCCCUUAUCUCUCUGGCCUUCCCUUUCCCUUAUCUCUUUGGUCUUCCCUUAUCUCUUUGGCCUUCCCUUUCCCUUAUCUCUUUGACUUUCCCUUAUCUCUUUGGCCUUCCCUUAUCUCUCUGGCCUUCCCGUGUCUUUCUUGCCCUCAGAAUGUCCUGUGAGUGUUAA